GGGAGAUGCGUUGGCAAAACACCAAGUCCAUCAUCAUCACCGUAUAAGACUGUAGAGGAAUUUCAUUUUACAGCUGCCAUUAACACGAAAUCUCCCACAUUUGAGUCAAAUACUCGGGAUAAGUCACAAAGAUGUUGCUCUCCGAAGAACCCGCAACUCUCAUUCACCAUACUAUUGAAAAUUUCAACAUCGCGCCAGACAAGCUUGCCGUCUCCCGCGUUACAGAGUCACUUUCAACACUGCAACAAGCUCGCGAUCUCCGCGUCCGUGAGGCAGAAUCCUCACUGAAGAAGCUCUCUCGUCAGCUCGCAACACACACAUCGCGACAUGACGACCUCGUUGCGUCCCACUCAUCAGCCGACCACGCGUCCAACAUCGCACGCCUAGAUACCCUGAAAUUCCGCACCGCCAAAGCUGCUGCUGAUGCUGAGACCGACGCUGAGCGCCUUGCUCUGACGGCCGCCGACCUCAAGGCUCGUCUUCGCGAGCUGGAGCUUCAGGGCGUGGAGGGCGAUGCGGCAGCUAAUGCUCGACGCAGAGAUCCAGUUGAUGAUGAGGUGCUGCUGAGGCUCAAGGUGUACCGGAGCCUGGGCAUCGACAUUGAGAGGGACGAGAGGGAUGGGGAGUGGUCUAAGGCUGUUAUUCGGAAUGAUCGCAAAGGGGAUGUGCAUGUUGUCAACAUGGACAAGAAAUUCUCGCGAUUCUUUUACGCAAACUACUUCUGGCAGACUCUCUAAGACAACCCCUUCUUUUUGGUUGGCCAAUCUUUUACGAUAAUGGAUUUACACUGGGUUGGCGUUGGAGGCGUUGCAGAUACCAGGAAUAGGAUAUUGCAACGAAUGCAUCAUUUUAGUAUUGAGCAAUAGCAGAUUGGAAUUCGCCCCUGUC